UCUCAGGUUUGUGGUGAGGGUUAAAUUAGUUAAUACACAUGAAGUGUUCAGAAGAACACCUCGCUAAAGGUAAGCAGCGUGGGUUACUUAUUAUUUUUUACUGGGAUUAUUUUCUCUGAACACCAGGUAUCAGUUGAUGUACAGAGUCAUUUGAAGUAAAGAUGUGAUUAUCUCACCCAUUGUUACCUUCUUGGCUCUAAUUUAGGUUUGUGCUACUCAUUUCCCUCCCAAUUAUUCCCCCUCUUUUCAGGGUAUAUUGGUUUUGAUUCUUAGAAAAUUGUGUAUGAUUGAGAUUCAGAUACUUCUACCUAAUAAAAUCAAAUGGAAUUAGAGUUUGGAGAAAACUUUUUAAUAUUUUAUUUUUGGAAAAUCCACAUGCUUUGUUUUCGGCAUUUGCCAAGGCUGAGUCUGGACACCUGCUAGUCUGAGAGUCACUCUCCCAGUCCACAGGCAAUGACUUUCUUGGACAAGACUCACAGCCUCAAGGACUGCUGGUCUCAGCAGGGUCAGGCUUCAUUUCUAGCCUAUGACUGUGACCUGGACUAGGACAGAAAGACUGACUACAGGGGUGUUGCGUUUAGUUAUUUCUAGUCGUGUGAUUCUUACGUGUUGCACUGGGCCCGCAGCUGUUGAGGAACAUAGGAUCCUGUUUCUGUUACAGCUGGCGGUGAAAGCGCAGUGCCUCUUGGGAUGUAUUACUAACUGAAAGACAGUCAGUGGUGAAGCAAGCUGCCAAAUGCUGUUAAAUCAGCUGAGAGAAAUCACGGGCAUUCAGGACCCUUCCUUCCUUCAUGAAGCUCUGAAGGCCAGUAAUGGUGACAUCACUCUGGCAGUCAGUCUUCUCACAGAUGAAAGAGUGAAGGAGCCCAGUCAAGACACUGUUGCUACAGAACCAUCUGAAGUAGAGGGGAGUGCUGCCAACAAAGAAGUAUUAGCAAAAGUAAUAGACCUUACUCAUGAAAACAAAGAUGAUCUUCAGGCUGCCAUUGCUUUGAGUCUACUGGAGUCCCCCAAAGUUCAAGCUGAUGGAAGAGAUCUUAACAAGAUGCACGAAGCAACCUCUGCAGAAACUAAACGCUCAAAGAGGAAACGCUGUGAAGUCUGGGGAGAAAACCCCAAUCCCAACGACUGGAGGCGAGUCGAUGGUUGGCCAGUUGGGCUGAAAAAUGUUGGCAACACAUGUUGGUUUAGUGCUGUUAUUCAGUCUCUCUUCCAAUUGCCUGCAUUUCGAAGACUUGUUCUGAGCUACAGUCUGCCACAGAGUGUACUUGAAAAUUGUCCCAGUCACACCGAAAAGAGAAAUAUCAUGUUUAUGCAAGAGCUUCAGUAUUUGUUUGCUCUCAUGAUGGGAUCAAAUCGAAAAUUUGUAGACCCUUCAGCAGCCCUAGAUCUCUUAAAGGGAGCAUUCCGAUCACCUGAGGAACAGCAGCAAGAUGUGAGUGAAUUCACACACAAGCUCCUGGAUUGGCUGGAGGACGCUUUCCAGCUUGCUGUUAAUGCUAACAGCAAUCCCAAGAACAAAUCUGAAAAUCCAAUGGUGCAGCUAUUCUACGGUACUUUCCUCACUGAAGGGGUUCGUGAAGGAAAGCCCUUUUGUAACAAUGAGACCUUCGGCCAGUAUCCCCUUCAGGUAAAUGGUUAUCGCAACUUAGACGAAUGCUUGGAAGGGGCCAUGGUGGAGGGUGACAUUGAGCUUCUUCCUUCUGAUAAUUCGGUGAAGUAUGGACAAGAGUGUUGGUUUACAAAACUACCUCCAGUGUUGACCUUUGAACUCUCAAGAUUUGAGUUCAAUCAGUCUCUUGGUCAGCCAGAGAAAAUUCACAAUAAGCUGGAGUUUCCUCAGAUCAUUUAUAUGGACAGAUAUAUGUACAGAAGCAAAGAGCUUGUUCGAAGUAAGAGAGAGUGUAUUCGAAAGUUGAAGGAGGAAGUAAAAGUCCUGCAGCAAAAACUGGAAAGGUAUGUGAAGUACGGCUCGGGCCCAGCUCAGUUCCCACUCCCAGACAUGUUGAAAUACGUUAUUGAAUUUGCUAGUACAAAACCUGCCUCAGAAAGUUCUCCGUCUCAGAGUGACACAAGCAUGACAUCACCACCUUCUCCAGUGCACUGCCCAGUUUCUGACCUGACAGCCAAGGAAAGUACAAGUAAAGAAAGCUCUUCUCAGGACGUUGAAAGUACCUUUCCUGAAGAUUGUCUACACAAGUCUAAGAUGGUGAAUACACCACUUCCAUCUUCCCGGUCUUGUGUGGAAAUGCCUGCACACCCAGCUCCUCGAGCAGUCACAGAAGAGGAGAUCCACUUCGUUAAGACCUGUCUCCAGAGGUGGAGGAGUGAGAUUGAACAAGAUAUACAAGAUUUAAAGAAUUGUAUUGCAAGCACUACCCAGACUAUUGAGCAGAUGUACUGUGACCCCCUCCUUCGCCAGGUGCCUUAUCGCUUGCACGCGGUGCUUGUUCAUGAAGGACAAGCAAAUGCUGGACACUACUGGGCCUAUAUCUAUAAUCAGCCCCGGCAAGUCUGGCUCAAGUACAACGACAUCUCUGUGACCGAAUCUUCCUGGGAAGAACUUGAAAGAGAUUCCUAUGGAGGCCUGAGAAAUGUUAGUGCUUACUGUCUGAUGUACAUUAACGACAAGCUACCCCACUUCAAUGCAGAAGCAACCCCAAAUGAAUCAGAUCAGAUGUUAGAAGAGUUGGAAGCCUUAUCUGUUGAACUUAAGCAUUACAUUCAGGAAGAUAACUGGAGAUUUGAACAGGAAGUGGAGGAGUGGGAAGAAGAGCAGUCUUGUAAAAUUCCUCAGAUGGAAGCCACCUCAGCAUCACAGGAUCUGUCUACGUCACAAGAGCCUUUAGUAGCCCCUUCGCAUGGGGCUCGCUGCUUGUCCUCUGAGCAUGCCGUGAUCGCCAAGGAGCAGACCGCGCAGGCCAUCGCCAACACUGCACAUGCCUACGAGAAGGGUGGUGUGGAAGCAGCCCUGAGUGAGGCAUUCCACGAAGAAUACUCCCGGCUCUACCAGCUUGCUAGAGAGGCCCCCACCCCGCACAGCGAUCCUCGACUGCAGCACGUGCUUGUCUACUUCUUCCAGAAUGAAGCACCCAAAAGGGUGGUGGAGCGGACCCUUUUGGAACAGUUUGCAGAUAAGAAUCUUAGCUAUGAUGAAAGGUCCAUCAGUAUCAUGAAGGUGGCCCAGGCGAAGCUGAAGGAGAUCGGUCCAGACGACAUGAAUAUGGAGGAGUAUAAGAAGUGGCAUGAAGAUUACAGUUUGUUUCGAAAGGUGUCUGUGUAUCUGCUGACGGGCCUGGAACUCUAUCAAAAGGGAAAGUACCAAGAGGCCCUUUCAUACCUGGUGUACGCCUACCAGAGCAACGCCACUCUGCUGACCAAGGGGCCCCGCCGCGGCGUGAAGGAGGCGGUGAUCGCUCUGUACCGGAGAAAAUGCCUUCUGGAGCUGAAUGCCAAAGCGGCUUCUCUCUUUGAAACCAAUGAUGACCAUGCGGUAACAGAGGGCAUUAAUGUGAUGAACGAGCUGAUCAUUCCCUGCAUUCACCUCAUCAUCAAUAAUGACAUCUCCAAGGAUGACCUGGAUGCCAUUGAGGUCAUGAGAAAACACUGGUGCUCUUAUCUUGGGCAGGAUAUUGCAGAAAAUCUGCAGCUGUGCUUAGGGGAGUUUCUACCCAGGCUUCUAGAUCCUUCUGCAGAAAUCAUUGUCUUGAAGGAACCUCCAACUAUUCGACCUAAUUCUCCUUAUGACCUUUGCAGCCGGUUUGCAGCCGUCAUGGAGUCGAUUCAAGGGGUUUCAACUGUAACUGUGAAAUAAGACGGGUUCAAGGCCCGUCCUGGUCUUUGGUCGCCUACCUGUUGAACAGAACUCUGUUACCCACUGUUUACUUUGUGAAAGGAAUUAGGUGAAAAAGUAAGAUUCAGACCCUGACCCCAACCAUGCUUUUGUGUAACAAAGGAUUGAAAAUAAAAUUGCACUUUUUAGGAACAGAAUCACUAAAGCAGUUUUACUGAAAGAGGUGGGAACCAGUGCGUUGAGGUGUUGGAUUAUGCCCAAGGACCUGAGGUGGCCUCUUGUGCCUACCGGGAUGCUUGAGCUACUCUAAGCCUUUGCCACUUUUUAAGUUGUCCUUCAGUCAUUAAUAUUUUUGACAGCAGAAUAGGAGGGUGAUUCAUCAGAACCUGAACUAGAUGAAAGCUCCUAGUUUUUACAGGUGACAUUUGAAAAUUUUUAACUGCCAGAGACAAGAAAUAUAAACCUUGCCUGGCUCUUGACAGGAUGGCAAAUGGGUUGCUGAUAAGCCACCACCCUUUUACGUGUGGGUAGAAUACAAGGUCAUGUGGCCGUAAGAUGCUGAACAGUCGGGAGAAAGCUGCCCCUCCUUUCUUCUCUCUCUCUUACUUUAUAUUUUUAAAUAAACCAGAAAACCUCAUGCUCAGUCCUGAAUGAAAGAAAGGAAAACAUUAAGGACUUUAGACGGAAUAACAUUGUGAAACUUGACAAUGGUAGUGGGUUUGUGUGGUUGUUUGUUUUGUUUUUAAAUGAGAAAGUGAGCAUAUGUAAACUCUUGGGUGUCUCAUACUAGUACAGUGGACCUUGUUGUUUUUUGGUGGGGGAGCCUUUGUUUUACUUUUUGAAUUUAAAUAUAGUUGGUAUACAAUAUUAUAUUAGUUUCAGGGAUACAGUAGAGUUAUUCGAUGUGAUCACCACACUAAGUCUAGUAACCAUCUGCCACCAUGCAAAUUUACCACAAUGUUAUUGGCUAUACUUCCCUUUACCUGUUUCACCCAUCCCUCCCACCACCUCUCCCCCCCAAAACCAAACAAAAACAGACCCAUAGGAACAGAUCCAACUGUUGGUUAAAGAUAGCAUUUUGAUAGUUGUUAACCAUUUAGGUAAAAUUUUCUAGGGUCUGAAAAUUGUCGGAAACAUGUCCUGGGCUGCUGCUGGCCCAAAAGAAUGUUUUGAUACCCUCUUCCUCUUUGCUUUGAAAAAAUAAGGGAUGUGGGUUUGUAAAAAGAAAAAAACUAUGUGUGUGUGUGUGUGUGUGUGUGUGUGUGUGUGUGUGUGUAGAGAGAGAGAAUUAUCCCCUGUUGACCAUUUUAAAAAGGCUCCAGUUUGGGUAUAGUGUUUUAACCAAAUUUUCAGAUUAAUGAGGGAAUUGUGGGAGGGAAGAACACUUGAUACAACUAUGCAGAUUUUAUAAAUGUGCAAUAAAAGUAUUUGUUUUACCUUU